CAUCCAACAAUUUUUAAUACGUAUUAAAGGUGCUGUAAUUUUUAACCGGUUCACCUGAUAUGGAACCCUCAAAUUCAAGCUAACAGUCUGCACUUUAACUUCAUAGUAAUUGUGUCAUUUGAAAAGUGCUGGAGUGCAGAGCCAAAACAGCAAAAAAUGUGUCCCUUUCCCAAUACUUUUUAAGCUCACUGUAUACCUUUCCAGGAUACAUACAUCUCUGUGCCAAAGUUGGUGCUUUUAUCACAAAGUUGACUAUUGAUUCUGCAUUUUUAGCACAUUUUCAUACUAGCACACACAACUAGAUAUUAUAUGUAAUUCCUCCAUAUUAACACUGAAAUCAUGAUACAUGUUUUGGGUUUGGUAACUAGUUGCUUGACAAAGUCCUAAAACUUCAGAAGCAUAAAAAAACGGUUUUGAAAUUAUGGGCUUUUCGGGUUAAAUAAUUCUUAAAUUAUUAUUAAGAAAUUAAAUAUAUGAACCUCUUGGCUUGCCAGAUCUUAUGGCCAUACUACAGGCUGCUAACUUUGACCUACUACCACGUGCUCAUGUUUUCAUGCAUUUGUAAAUCAUACAAGAUCGUAAAGUAGCCAACAAUAGGCGAGAUGUUAGUGAUGCGGGUUGACUCAUAACGCGCAUAGCCGCGGGUUUAGGGUCAUUAAAUAUUGUGUGGGUGAAGGGCGGUUGGUCAUUCUAUCGAUUUAUUACAUUAUUCUGGCGAGCAAGGGUUUAUGUAGUAUUCUAAGGCAAGCUAUAAUGACAGAAGAUACGCUGCAUGUAACUAGGAUAUAGACACGUUGACGAACAAAUAGGGUACAAAAAUGUCGGAAAUUAUAUGCGUAAACAUAUCUACAGUAAAUCAGGCAACAAAAUAAAAACGCACCACUGUCAAAAAAUGGUUCCGCCGUCUCUGACUGUAGCCUACAGAGCAUUUAAUAAAUUAGAGGGUUAGGGUCGGGUGCAGGCCUCAGAUUUUCACUGUAUCACAUGGUCAGGCGGUUGCGGAUUGGUUAGCAAUUGCGGGUGAACAAACAGCUGACCCGCGCACCACUAGUAACGUUAGCCUACAUAUAUAUACAUUAAUAGCCAAACAUUUUCCUGGAAAGAGAACCGUAGACGUCCCCAUGCCCAGUGCACGCAGUACCUCCUCCCCUCAGAGCAACGUGACAGGAAUCAGGACACCGGAUGAUAAACAAUAUGUGCUGCUGGUCCUACAUACAAUAUAGACCUACCGAUGAGGUAGCAGCAUCGGCUGAGGAAAAUUGGUUACAUAAAUUACAUAUUCAGAGUAAUAAUGGCAACAGUUAAACCAGACGAUAGACUGACAAGUUCUCAGGGCUUCAUGUGCGUUGGUUUUGCGGGAGUUUUCAGUAAAACUGUCACGUCGCCCCUGGAGGUGGUGAAAAUCAAGAGUCAAGUGGGCACAUUUCACUGUAAAAAAGGCUUUCUCCACAGCUUUCUUGUAGUCUACCAGAAAGAAGGCAUACGAGGAUUUUGGAAGGGGAACCUCGUCUCCUGUCUCCGCCUGUUUCCUUACAGCGCCGUCCAUUUGUCAACAUACAAACAGAUCGUCCACCUCCAUAUGGAUGAAUUGGGCUACGUCUCUCAGUGGAGGGCCAUUUUUGCUGGUGGGCUAGCUGGUAUAAGUGCAGCGCUGGCCACGUACCCUCUGGAGGUGGCAGAGACCCGCCUCAUAGCUCAGAACUGCAGAGAGCCUACCUACAGGGGUGUGGUCCACACCCUUUCCAAGAUAUACCAGACCGAAGGCCUUCGAGCACUCUACAGGGGCUUCUCUCUCACAAUCCUCGGUGCAUUUCCCUUCUCUAUUGGUUGCUAUGCAGUCUACAUCAACUUGGACAAACUGUGGCGGAAGCCCCAAUUCCGGUUCACUGCCUUACAGAACUUCAUCAAUGGCUGCAUAGCCGCAGGAGUGGCCCAAACCCUCUCCUACCCCUUUGAAACUGUGAAAAGGAAAAUGCAGGCCCAGAACCCUCGGCUCCCCCAUUAUGGCGGCGCUGAUAUCCACUUCACUGGAAUGUUGGACUGCUUCAGGCAGGUGAUCAGAAACAAGGGCAUCCUGACACUGUGGAGUGGCAUCACAGCCAACAUGGUCAAGAUUGUUCCAUACUUUGGCCUUCUCUUCAGCUGCUUCGAGAUGUGCAAGCAGGUCUGUCUGUACCGCAACGGGUACAUUGUGUCUCCAUUGAGCUAUAAGUUGGCACCAGGCGUGGACCAGAGCAUGGGCCCUACUGAGGUGGAAGAGGUGAAACAGUACCUGAAGAAUAGGAAGUUUCAGUCACAGCAAGGAAGUCGCUGGUGAAACUGGUGUAACAAAACCUGCAGAAGGGGAUGAUGACCAUUGGUAUAGGAAUGUGUCUGAACUAUCAAGAAGAGUCAGGAAUAUUUGUUGGAAUGCAAUACUUUGAAGAUGACAAUUUGGUUGAUGCCAGAUCUUUUACAGCUUUGUGAAUUAGUAACCAUUUCAGAAUUGGAGGUAGAUCCAUUGAUAGACAAUCAUGCUGUAUUGUUUUUUAAAGUUGCAAUGCAAUCAUAGGAAUUGUACUUUUAUACUUAAACACAUGGCUUUUUUUUAAACUGUUUUGUUCAGAGCAAGGUUAUGGUAUUUUCUAACAUUGUUAUACAGUUUGACAGUAUUUGAUACUAUUGCACUCAUUCCGCUCCAGCCAUUACCAGGAGCUCCUCUUCCCCAAUUCAGGUGCCACCAACCUCCUGUGUAAUAUGGUCGGCCUUACGUAAAGGUCAUGAAGAGGAACACAAAGCACAAACCUGUUAUAAGAUGGAAUUAGCUUACUAAUGCCAAUUAAUGUUUUUCAUUAUGUACAUUAGGUUGUAAUGACUAUUUUAACAGACUUGGGUAUAUCAUAUUUAUAUGCCUUAAAGUUUCCAUAUUUAUUAUAAGUCUUAUUUCACUGACUGUUUUAAUUAUGCGUGGUAGUUAUUCUCCCAAAGGAUCCGAUUGUGUCCUAGCCACUAAUCAGUCACUAACUUUCAUAGCACAUACUGUAUGUAUCAUUGUGUUGUGAAUCGAGCAAUAAGAUUGUAACUGAAGCACACCAAUGGCAAGUUUACAUGUACUGUAUACGGUAUGUAAUACAUUGGAUUGAUGAAACAA